AUGAAGUACUUGUCCUCGUUUAAGUGGACACUUCUGUUUCCUGGUCUGACAUUGAUUCUUGGAGGAGGAAGUGUUUACGCCAAGCCUUUGAAUAGCGAAGAUGUCGAGAGCCUGCUUCCUGCAACCCCGCAAACCACGAAUGAAACAGUGGCUGCCAUUAUUCAGGACCCAGUUGUGAAAAAUGCAGUUCAAUAUGCAGUCGGUAAUGGAUCUUUAUCAGGGUUGGUUGUUAAAAAGCACGUUGUCAUUAUACCUGCUAAUGCACCUGAUCAGAUACUUUCCCAUAGACAGCAAAUUCUCGUAGCACCUACGUCGCACUUGGAAGACAUACGGAAAAAUAUCACUGAAGACCUUCAAACGGAAACUGAAUUACCGGAAGAUAAUCGAUCGGAAGAGUUAGUAUUAACGUAUCAGCCAAUGAUCGAGGAUGAUGCAAAUGAGGAAAGUGAAAGUACUUGGUACUUGGAAAAUCACGAUACUACGUUGUCCAAUGAUAUCGUAAAAGAUCCGAACGAUCAUCACGAUAAAUUGAAAGACAUUUUACCAAGUAUCAAACCUCAAGUCGAAUUACCGGAAGGUACGGUAACGCAAAAGAUAAAUGUAUCAAAGAUCGCCGAUAAGGAUAUACCUGUACCGGUAGUUGCAGUACUCGAUCCUUCGAAAGAAACAAACGAUAAGAUCGAGAGUUCGAUCGUAGCUCUGCUACCGAAUAUCAAUCCGAGCACUGUGAACGAUCAAUUGAAUUAUUUGGAAGCUAAUCGGAAGGAAAUUCAAAGAGAUGUGCAACGAUACAUCGACGAGUCUUCUUUGAGUAUAGAUCCGGAAAUUUGGAAACGUUCUGUGGAGGGUGAACCUGAGAUCGGAUCUUCUUCUACGACCUACGAUUCACAGAUUCAAAAUGUAGAUUAUUUAGAAACCGAGAAAUACAAUUUACCAACGAUCAUUCUCGUUCCACGAGAUGUCCAGUUGCCGUAUAUCUGGAAAUCGAAAGAUAAUCAAAAUAAUCCUUCGAAGGAUAACGAGGAGAAUAUGAGCACCGCAGAGGAUAUUGUUUUUAGACCGUUGUUUAGAUUUCGACAGGAAGCACGUCGUAGGUCCGAUGCUUAUAGCAAUCGAGGAUACAAUUCCUAUCAAAAUUAUAAUUCAUAUUCUAGACGUCGAUACAGACCACGAUAUUCCUAUGAUUAUUAUUAAUUAUUAAUUAUUAACGAGAAAUAAAUUCGAUUAUUCGAUCGCGUUAUGUAAUCGUAUGGAAAUAUUGACAUACUUAUAAUAAUUAUUAUUAUUGAUUAUCUUCAUCUCUAAUUUAUGACGUUACUUUAAUAAAUUGUAUCUUAAUGAAAUAUCGUAAACACCUACAU